GAUUUAUCGAUGAUGCAAAAAAGCAUCCGAACCGGCGUUUCCACAUUGUGGAUUACCCACCAAUUCCAAUUGCAGUGGAACUGCAGUAGACUCGGGAGUGUUGGACACAAAUGACAUUAUGGCGUUCCAUUGGUGCGACAACAACCUGCAUACCACAGUGUUCACCCCGCGAGAUUUUCAAGUGGAGCUGCUUGCGACUGCCUUUGAGCGUAACACGAUUAUCUGUUUGGGUCAUAGAAGCUCCAAGGAGUUUAUAGCACUCAAGUUACUGCAAGAGCUUUCUAGACAAGGACGCCGGAACGGUAAAGUGAGCGUGUACCUGACCAAUCAGAUUGAUGCUGAGAACACGUCCAUCUACACGAUGCUCACGCAUCUCACCGAUCUCAAAGUGUGGCAGGAACAGCGAGAUCAGGGAAUUUCAGCUGAUCAUUGCUGGACCGACUACCAUGUCAGUAUACACAAGCCGUCUUCCUUUCUACUCCUGCUGAAAACUGGAAAUCUGCAACUAAGUAGCGUUCAACUGAUUGUGCUUGAGGAUUGUCACGACAGCGCUGUCUAUCGCAGUAUUUUGCCCAUUUUCGAGGAAUUUAUUCUGCCAGCAAAGUCUGUUGAUCGUCCCCGAAUAUUGGGGCUGGCGGGUCCCUUGCAUAGUGCAAACUGUGAGCUUGAGGAACUGCACGCCAUGUUGGACACACUGGAGCAGCAGAUGCUGUGUCGCAUCGAAACAGCCAGUGACAUUGUCACCGUGCUGCGAUACUGUGCCAAGCCCCAUGAGUAUAUUGUGCAAUGUGCGCCCUUACAACUGGACCACUUGUCUCGUGUGAUAGUCGAUAUCCUGACCACGCAUAAGUCGUUCCUAAGUGAUCAUCGCUAUGAUCCCUUUGAGAUUUAUGGCACCGAUCAAUUCAUGGAGGACUUAAAAGAUAUUCCCGAUCCCAAGCAGGAUCCACUAAAUGUGCUAGAUGCCCUACUUUCUGUGCUCCAUGAAAUGGGACCUUGGUGUACGCAACGCGCCGCACUUUAUUUCUACCAACGCAACGAGAAGCUGAAAGUUAAGACUCCACACGAACGACACUAUUUGCUUUUCUGCCUGGUGAACACAGCGCUGAUCGAAAUAAAUGCCCUGUGCGAACAAACAUUCCAAAAGCUAAUGGUUGAGGACCCUCUGGGUACCAUAGAGCGGUACUCUAGUCCCAAGGUGCGGCGGCUGUUGCGAGUACUACGCUGUUUCAAACCAGCUGAGGCGCACAACCAGGCCGAGGGAUUGCGUAAAAUGCGCCAUCAGGUGGAGCAGACUGAUUUCAAUAAAUUGUCGCAGGCACUCAAAGCCAAGUGCCACGUGGUUGAACAGCUGGAUGAGAAGAAUGUGGAAACAAGUAGUAUAGUUAACAAUCUGCAGCAACUCGUACAAUCGUCAGAAAAGGGAGCAAAGGUGGCGGCGCAAGCCAAAGCCAACACCGAUGAAAACGCUCCAGGAACUCAACCAACGACCACCACAACGAAAUCCAAAUCCAAUGGACAGCAGCACUCAAGGAGGCGGAUGCACACAAGGCGGCACAAUCGACACCACAAUGACGCGGGCGAGACCCUUUGUGCUCUUAUCUAUUGCAAUCAAAAUCACACGGCUCGCGUUCUAUUCGAACUGUUGGCGGAGUUGAGUCGACGCGAUCCUCAUCUAAAGUUCCUGCGCUGCCAGUAUACCACGGAUCGCGUGGCUGAUCCGGCCACAGAGCCAAAAGAAGCUGAACUGGAGCAUAGGCGGCAGGAGGAUGUGCUGAAACGGUUUCGCAUGCACGAUUGUAAUGUGCUAAUUGGCACCUCGGUGCUAGAGGAGGGAAUUGAUGUGCCCAAGUGCAAUCUGGUAAUUCGCUGGGAUCCACCCACAACUUAUCGCAGCUAUGUGCAAUGCAAGGGACGUGCGCGAGCCGCACCCGCUUACCAUAUAAUGCUUGUAGCACCCACGUAUGAUCCGUCUGAUGCGGCAAUCAAAGCUGCAGUGCAGCUCAAUGCGCAGAGCCAUCGAUUUAUCUGUGCAACGUCCAGCGAUGAUACAGCGAAUGCUGACCAGGAGGUGGACAGCGAUUCAGACGACUCUGCACUGCCCAAUUCGCUUGCUUCCGAUCCAUAUACUUUUGGAACUGCUCGUGGAACGGUCAAAAUACUCAAUCCAGAGGUGUUUAGCAACCAACCGCCCACCGUGUGUGACAUAAAACUGCAGGAGAUCCAGGACGAGGCGCCCGCUGUUCUAGAUGCCGGCAAUUCCAGUGACGAUGCCAUUAGCUUAUCGAAUACCACGCCUAGUGACAGAAGCGCGGAGCGUAGACCCAAGCAACGCUUCCAAUGCGAACUCCAUUCGAUGCCAGAUAUUGAGUCAGCCACUGAGGUAAAUGUUCCGGCAAUAGCAGACAAUCUGACAAGUACAACACAGGUGCUGGUGCAUCGAAUGGCACAAUAUCGCGAGAUCGAGCAGAUGCUGUUAUCGAAGUGUGCCAAUACGGAGCCCGCCGAGCUGGAGCAGAUACAAGCGGAGCGAUUCACGAGCUGCCUUGCCGCCUAUAGGCCCAAGCCGCACCUGUCAACCGGCGCCUCAGUUGACUUAAGUACUGCCAUAGCCCUGGUCAACAAAUAUUGCGCCCGGCUGCCCAGCGAUACCUUCACCAAGCUAACAGCUCUGUGGCGUUGUGCGAGCGCCGUUCGUGACGGCGUCACGUUAUACCAGUACACGUUGCGCCUGCCCAUUAAUUCACCUCUAAAGCACGAUAUUAUUGGUCUGCCGAUGCCCACUCAGACACUUGCACGGCGGUUGGCCGCACUGCAGGCCUGUGUGGAUCUGCAUAAGAUUGGUGAACUGGACGAUCAGCUGCAGCCCAUUGGUAAGGAGGGCUUUCGGGCACUGGAGCCAGACUGGGAGUGCUUCGAUUUGGAGCCAGAGGACGAGCAGAUAGUGCAACAAAAUGACGAGCCACGGCCGGGCACCACAAAACGGCGGCAAUAUUACUACAAGCGUAUUGCAUCGGAGUUUUGUGACUGCCGUCCUGUGGCUGGCGCUCCUUGCUACCUGUAUUUCAUUCAGCUAACACUACAGUGUCCUAUACCUGAAGAGCAGAACACCCGCGGUCGCAAAAUCUAUCCGCCGGAAGAGGCACAACAAGGCUUCGGCAUAUUGACGCUGAAACGCAUACCAAAGCUGAGCGCCUUCUCGAUAUUUACGCGAUCUGGUGAGGUAAAGGUAUCGCUGGAUCUGGCACGUGAUCGUGUUGUCCUAACUGAGGAGCAGAUUAAGUGCAUCAAUGUUUUCCUUAACUAUACUUUCACAAAUGUGUUGCGUCUGCAAAAGUUCCUCAUGCUCUUCGAUCCAGACUCCACGGAAAACUGCGUGUUCAUUGUGCCCACGAUAAGGUCGACGGCAGACAGUCGGAUUAUUGACUGGCAAUUUCUGGAGCUCAUUCAAGCCACUGGGAACAUGAUGCCACAGCCAGUGCCAGAUGAGGAACGGCAAAAGCAAUCAUUCGAUGCUCAACGUUUUCAGGACGCUGUCGUUAUGCCCUGGUAUCGGAACCAAGAUCAGCCACAGUACUUCUAUGUAGCCGAAAUCUGCCCACAUUUGUCGCCACUGAGCUGCUUUCCGGGCGACCAUUAUCGCACCUUUAAGCAUUACUAUCUAGUUAAAUAUGGGCUCACCAUACAGAAUGCAACGCAGCCUCUGCUCGAUGUGGAUCACACGAGUGCACGGUUAAAUUUUCUAACUCCGCGUUACGUGAAUCGAAAGGGCGUGGCACUACCCACCAGUUCGGAGGAAACGAAGCGGGCAAAGCGAGAAAAUCUUGAACAAAAGCAGAUUCUAGUUCCCGAACUCUGUACAGUGCAUCCGUUCCCGGCGUCUCUAUGGCGCACAGCAGUUUGUCUGCCCUGCAUCCUGUACCGCAUCAAUGGGCUGCUGUUGGCUGACGAUAUUCGAAAACAGGUCUCUGCGGAUCUUGGCCUCGGCCGGCAACAAAUCGAUGAUGAGGAGUUCGAGUGGCCCAUGCUAGACUUUGGCUGGAGCCUCUCGGAAGUGCUGAAGAAAUCCCGCGAGUCUAAGCAGAAAUCCGAUAGCAAAGAGGCAAUCAACGAAGUUACGGAGGACUUGGCUGUCGAGACAGUAGCUGAGCCAAGCCUGGAUAAAGUAGAGAAGACUGCCAACGAGCUGGUUAUUGAAGGAGAAGAACAGUUAAGCAGUACGGCAGAAUUUAUAGAGAUAGGCACCUGGUCGAAUGACAUGGCCGAUGACAUAGCCAGCUAUUCAGAGGGUGAUGACGAUGAGGAGGAUGAAGAUUUUUUGCCAGUGCUUCCCGCUAAUGUUAAGUUCUGCGAUCAACAGAUGCGAUACGGUUCGCCGACGUUUUGGGAUGUCAGCAAUACCAAUAGCUUUAAGCAGCCAGCUGACUCUGUCCAACAGCGAACCGCUAAACCGCGAGGCGGUGGUGGCGCGGGCAAAUCUGCAAAAGUAGAGGGAAAACCCAAAUACGCCUACUACGAAUCGGAUAAUUCCCUUAGCUCCAGCAGUGAUGAUGACGAUCAUGUAGGGCCGGUUCACAACUACAGCUCGGAUGACGAUGAUUCGGAUGACAUUGCCGCCGGCCGCAUUGAGUUCACAUCGAAGAACGAGGCGGAGGCCAUCGAAACAGCUCAAGAGCUGGAAAAGCGCCAGAAACAGAUGUCCAUUAUUCAAGCCACCAAUGCCAACGAGCGCCAAUAUCAAGAGACAAAGAAUUUGCUCAUAGGGUACAACUUCGAGCAUGCGGAGCGUAGUAACAGUGUCAACUACGAGCAGUCCAUUGUUCGCUUUAAGUCAGAGAUUGAGACCUGCGGCAUGCUGGUGUCACAAGACGAGGAGCUCAACAUCAAGCGAACAGAAGACAGCCUAGUCAAAGUGGACAAAGAUGGGGCUACGUUGCAGCUGGAGCUGCUUAAGCAACUGCUGCCAUACGUGCCAGAAGAUGCAAUUUUGGCUAAGCUCGAUAGCCACGAGUCGCUGGAGCUCUCUGAUCUGGUUGAGCUAAAUGCAAGUUGGCUGCAGCAGCAUGAACCUGAAACCUACACCGUAUUGGGUUGUGGCGCUAGCUUUGACAACUACAAUGAUCACCACCUACUGAGCUUGGACAAUAAACAGAUCAGACUUGAGUAUCAAAGAGAAUCGGCAACGAAUAAUGAAAGUGCUGUGAAUCCAACGGAAAGGCUCUUAACAGGCAGGCCUGAUGCCGGGUUUAGUUUCGAUCAGCAGCCGGAGCUGGUAGGGCAUCCCGGACCCAGCCCCAGCAUCAUUUUGCAGGCACUGACAAUGUCAAAUGCCAACGAUGGCAUUAAUUUGGAGCGUCUGGAGACAAUUGGAGACUCGUUCCUCAAGUAUGCAAUUACAACAUAUCUGUAUAUCACCUAUGAGAAUGUGCACGAGGGCAAGUUAAGCCAUCUGCGCUCCAAGCAAGUGGCCAAUCUCAAUCUGUAUCGAUUGGGGCGACGCAAGCGACUAGGCGAAUAUAUGAUAGCCACCAAGUUCGAGCCGCACGAUAAUUGGCUGCCGCCCUGCUAUUAUGUACCCAAAGAGCUGGAAAAGGCGCUAAUUGAGGCUAAAAUUCCAACGCACCACUGGAAGCUGGCCGACCUGCUGGAUAUCAAGAAUUUGAGCAGCGUGCAAAUCUGCGAGUUGGUUCGUGAAAAGGCCGAAGCAUUGGGCCUGGGCACCAAUGCAGAUCAGCCCACAGCAACACAACAAAAUGCUGAUUUGGACGACUCGAACGAGACGAACGAUUUCAGUUGCUUCAUUCCAUAUAAUCUAGUCUCGCAGCAUAGCAUACCGGACAAAUCUAUAGCGGAUUGUGUAGAGGCGUUGAUUGGCGCUUAUCUCAUCGAGUGUGGUCCGCGCGGCGCAUUGCUCUUUAUGGCCUGGCUGGGAGUCCGUGUGCUGCCCUACCAAAUGGAACCGGCUCCUGCAGACGUUAGCCAACGCAAGCCGGGCAGCACGAAGCCAGAUGACAACAACAUGGUUACCGUAUAUGGUGAUUGGCCGACGCCGCGCAGUCCGCUUCUGCACUUUGCACCCAAUGCGCAUAGGGAGCUGGAGGAGCUGCUUAGUGGAUUUGAGGAAUUCGAGGCCAGCCUGGGCUAUACUUUUAGAGAUCGUUCCUAUUUACUGCAGGCCAUGACGCAUGCCAGUUACACGCCCAAUCGUCUAACAGAUUGUUAUCAGCGUCUCGAAUUUCUGGGCGAUGCCGUCCUCGACUACCUGAUAACACGACAUUUGUAUGAGGAUCCACGCCAACAUUCGCCAGGCGCUUUGACUGAUCUACGUUCGGCUUUAGUGAACAACACAAUCUUUGCCUCAUUGGCUGUGCGGCAUGGCUUCCACAAGUAUUUUCGUCAUCUAUCACCCGGACUCAACGACGUCAUCGACCGCUUUGUUCGCAUUCAGCAGGAGAACGGUCACUGCAUAAGCGAAGAGUAUUAUCUGCUCUCUGAGGAGGAGUGCGAUGAUGCCGAGGAUGUUGAGGUGCCUAAGGCAUUGGGCGAUGUAUUCGAAUCAAUCGCCGGUGCCAUAUUUCUCGACUCGAAUAUGUCCCUGGAUGUGGUGUGGCAGGUAUUCAGCAAUAUGAUGAAGCCAGAGAUAGAGCAGUUUAGCAAUUCUGUGCCAAAGUCACCCAUACGAGAGCUGCUCGAGCUGGAGCCGGAAACGGCCAAAUUUGGCAAGCCAGAGAAACUGGCGGACGGACGUCGCGUUCGCGUCACUGUUGAUGUCUUUUGCAAGGGCACAUUCCGCGGCAUCGGACGCAACUACCGUAUAGCCAAAUGUACGGCUGCCAAAUGUGCACUCCGACAGCUGAAAAAGCAAGGCCUGAUAGCCAAGAAAGACUAAAGGUGUGGCGCUGUGCUGUGAAUGUACAAUGUAGUUGUAGGUGUCCACAUGUAGAUAUAUAACAAAUAAAUGCUCCAAUAACAAUA